GUUGCCGUUACAAAAAAUUAUAACCAAAAUCAGAUUUGUUCGAAUCGAACCAAUUACAAAAAAUAUGUAAUACAAUUGCCAUAUAAUUGGUCACUUUUGCUCAACUAUACACCAAUUCGGUUAUCCAUAAUGCCAAAUGACAGUGAAUGGAAGGCAGAGAUGAUUCUGGGAAGUUGUAAAGAUUGCUGCUUUUGUGAAAGCAUAAUCAUAUAUUUUACAUUUACAGUUUUGGAAAUUACAGUCAAAUAUAGAGAAGUGGAAAUUGACAAUGAUUGAUUUGUUUAGGGUUCUUGUUAUUAUGUUUGCAUGCUACUUUUUUUACAAAUAGCUGAAAGUCGAAAACUGGUUUAUUGGAGAGCAAAAAAUGGUGUAUGCUCUGAUAGCUUUUUCCUCACAAUUCUUGACGAGAAAAGAUUCCAUUGCUGACUUCCAAGAGAACCCGAAAACCUUGAUUCUCGAACGAUGCAAGACCAGCAAAGAGCUAAACCAAGUGCAUGCCCACCUGAUCAAGACCCGGCGUCUCCACCACCCGGCGGUAGCGGAGCCCCUCCUCGAGUCGGCCGCGCUCGUUCUCCCCGACCCCGCCAUUGACUAUGCUGUCUCCAUCUUUCGUAAACUGGAAAAUCUCGACUCGUCGGCCUAUAAUGUUAUGAUAAGGGGGUUUAACAAGAGACAAUCCCCCGAAAAAUCCCUUCUUUUGUUCAGGCAAAUGGUUGAACACUCGGUGCGACCAGAUGAGUUCACAUUCCCCAGCGUUUUGAAAGCGUGUUCGAAGCUAAGGGCGUUGAGGGAAGGCGAACAAAUUCACGCCCACAUUGUGAAGUUGAUAGACGGGUUUGGAUGUAAAGAGUUUGUUGAGAAUUCUUUAGUUUAUAUGUAUGCUUGCUGCGACAGACUUGAAUUGGCGCGCCAAGUAUUUGAUGGGAUGUCUGAAAGAAGUCCCGUUGCCUGGAAAUCGAUGUUUGCAGGUUAUGUUAGGUGUGGUUAUUGGGCAGAGGUAGUGUCGCUGUUUCAGAACAUGUUGAAAAUGGGCGUUGAGUUUAAUGAAGUGACAUUGAUCACUGUUCUGACAGCUUGUGGAAAGCUUGGUGAUUUGGAGUUGGGGAACUGGAUUUAUGAGUAUGUAGUUGCGAAUGAACUCAUGGGACAUGAUAACUUGAUUACUUCUCUCGUUGAUAUGUAUGCUAAGUGUGGUUGUGUGGACACUGCGAGGAGUUUAUUCGAUAAUAUGUCUACUAGAGAUGUCGUUGCAUGGAGCGCCAUGAUCUCCGGUUAUAGCCAGUCGAAUCGAUGUAAGGAGGCACUUGCUCUCUUCCAUGACAUGCAAAAGGCAAAUGUGGAACCAAAUGAGGUAACAAUGGUUAGUGUGCUCUCUGCUUGUGCUUUUCUUGGAGCUUUACAAACUGGAAAAUGGGUCCAUUCUUACAUAAAAAAGAAGAAUCUGAAGCUUACUAUCAAUCUUGGAACCACUCUUGUUGAUUUCUAUGCAAAAUGUGGGUGUCCUGAUAGAGCUAUUGAAGUAUUCAAAGAGGCGCGUUACAAGAACGUCUGGACAUGGACAGCACUAAUUCAAGGUCUUGCAAUUAAUGGACGAGGAAAACAUGCCCUAGAAUUCUUCAAUAUGAUGCGGAAAGAAAAAGUUGAACCAAAUGAUGUGACUUUCAUUAGUGUUCUUGGCGCUUGCAGCCAUGCAGGUUUGGUUGAUGAAGGGCGGGGUUAUUUCGUUAGUAUGAGUCGAGAUUUUGGCAUUGAGCCGAGAAUUGAGCACUACGGU